AUGAUCUUGGCUUUGCUGAAUCUGUCAUUAGCUCAGGCAUUUGAAUGCAUCCUGGAUGCAGAUUGCAGAAUAGACACUUUUCUCGACUUUGGAAAUAAAUUCUGUGUUAAUAAUAGAUGCACCAGUAUAAAGCCCGCUUACAGCCCGUGUAAGCUACCGCAGGAAUGUGCUUCGUUUAUUUACUACGGUCCACUGGCAUGCUCUACGGAUUGUAGCACUAAAAGUGAGUGCGGCAAUCCAUUCUAUGAGAAAACAGUAUAUUGCUGCAGGCCUGUGCCCUUGAGGGGAAAGUGCCAUCCGGAAAGGCCUAAGCCACUCAACGGCUGCUCAAGGAACCACUUCUGUCUGACCGAAAACGGAAUUUCAAGGUGCUCCGAAAAGCCUGAGCCUACAUGGAUGCUGGGAACCAUAUUGAGCUUGGGUGGCAAUUUACUCAUUAAUCUUGGAAUAAACUUUCAGAAGAAAAGCUACACAUCGAGAGAUGUCAAUCUAAUGAGCUACACUCUCAACUCAAUGCAUCUCGGAAUCUUCCUUUACUUCUUGGGCAAGGUAUCUAGCUUUAGCGCAUAUAUAUUCUGUAAUCAAUCUAUCUUGGCCGGACUAAGUGCCUUCGGGCUGGUCUUCAAUUCAAUAUUCGCACCAAUAAUCAACAAGGAAAUAUUCACUUGGAAUGAUGGAGGGGCGAUCACCCUCGUGCUCAUCGGAUCCUUCAUUAUGAUCAACAAUACUAGUAGAACCCAUACUACCUACACGAUCUGCGAGUUAAUAAGCAUGCUAAAGCAAAAUCAGAAUAUUGUUUGGAUCAUCUUUAUAUUUACAAGCAUCUUUUCAUUAUUCCUUAUCAUCAAGUUUGUGGAACUAAACAGCCCAUGGAGUCUCAUUAAUGACAGAUUUCAGUUCCUCAAGUCCGAAACCCUGUUUUUAGAAGAGAAUGGCGUUGUGCUGAAGUAUGUAAUGGUGUUUGUCUACGUUUUUCUUUCCUCAUUUAUUGCCUCAUUCACAACACUGAGCAUCAAAAUUUUAGGCCAGAUUGCAGAUAGAUACCUCAAUGAGCAGGGGCCUGUGUUCUCAUUCACCACGCUGUUUUUCAUCUUCACGCUCUUUCUGUGCACUUUUCUGCAGAUAUACUGGCUGAAUAGAGCCUUAAAACACUACGACGCAUUGAUUGUUCUGCCAAUAUUUCAUAUGAGCUGGACCGUCCUGAGUAUCCUCACGGCUGGAAUCUAUUUCCAGGACUUCGAGUCGUACUCUAAGAAGCAGCUCAAAGAAUUUAUUGUAGGCAUAUUGGUAAUAUUCUGCGGCUCCAUUUUUCUAGGGCUUAAAAUCAGAAAUAAGGGUGUGAUAGAAAGUAGAAGGCUUGAGGCCAGCGAUGACAAGACAAAAUAG